ACCGUGGCCAGGCUGGUGCGCGCCCACAGCAGCCUGGGCCCCAGCCGGCCUCGGAGCCCCCUGGCCUGUGACGACCACUCGCUGCUCUCGGCCAGGUCCUUCGGCCUCCUGGCCCCCAUCCGCACCAAGGAUGUCCGCAGCAGGAGCUACCUGGAGGGCAGCCUCCUGGCCAGCGGGGCCCUGCUGGGAGCGGAUGAGCUGGCCCAGUACUUCCCUGACCGCAGCAUGGCCCUCUUUGUGGCCACCUGGAACAUGCAGGGCCAGAAGGAGCUGCCACCCAGCCUGGAUGAGCUGUUGCUGCCUGCUGAGGCCGACUACACCCAGGACCUGUACGUCAUCGGUGUGCAGGAGGGCUGCUCGGACAGGCGGGAGUGGGAGACGCGGCUGCAGGAGACACUGGGCCCGCGCUACGUGCUGCUGUCCUCAGCGGCCCAUGGCGUGCUGUACCUGUCCCUGUUCAUCCGCAGGGACCUCAUCUGGUUCUGCUCAGAGGUGGAGUGUGCCACAGUGACCACGCGCAUCGUGUCCCAGAUCAAGACCAAGGGUGCCCUGGGCGCCGGCUUCACCUUCUUCGGCACCUCCUUCCUCUUCGUCACCUCCCACUUCACCUCUGGAGAUGGGAAGGUGGCAGAGCGGCUGCUGGACUAUAGCAGAACCGUCCAAGGCCUGGCCCUGCCCAGGAAUGUGCCGGACACCAACCCCUACCGCUCCAGCGCAGCGGAUGUCACCACCCGCUUUGAUGAGGUGUUCUGGUUUGGAGACUUUAACUUCCGCCUGGGUGGCGGGCGUGCCGCAGUGGAGGCAGCACUGAGGCAGGAGCGGGAGGCGGCCGUGCAGGCGCUGCUGCAGCAGGACCAGCUCACGCGAGAGAUGAGGAGGGGGUCCGUCUUCAGGGGCUUCCAGGAGCCGGAUGUCGUCUUCUUGCCCUCCUACAAGUUUGACCUCGGGAAGGACACUUACGACAGCACCUCCAAGCAGAGGACACCCUCGUACACGGACCGGGUGUUGUACAGAAGCCGCCACAAGGGGGACAUCUGUCCAGUGACGUACUCUUCCUGCCCUGGGAUCAAGACGUCUGACCACCGCCCUGUGUACGGCUUGUUCCGGGUGCGACUGAGGCCCGGGCGAGACAACAUUCCGCUGGCUGCUGGCAAGUUUGACCGAGAGCUGUACCUGAUAGGAAUUAAAAGAAGGAUUUCAAAAGAAAUCCAGAGACAGCAAGCAUUAAAGAACCAGAGCUCCAGCGCAGUCUGCACUGUGUCUUGAAGUCACUGAAGAGGACCCAUCAUCACAACUCAGGACACCCAACCAGAAGUCACUGGAAGAGAUGGGACGUGCUCUGUGGCUACGGGGCCACCCUAGUUCUCGACAGGAAACCCAGGACAGCAGCGAGACCUGGCACCCCAUACCCACUGGUGUCCCAUGACCCCUCCCCCACGGGACAGCGUCUUCAGGGCCCCACCCCACACAGGGCAGAUGUCUAAGCCACUGUGCCCACUGGUGAGGGCUGUGGGCUCCCCUCAAUGUCCUGUGCGCACAUCCUGAGCCCUGGGCCUGUGUGCCCGUCCCCACUGUCCCUCUCCUGCGCCCAUGCCCCACUGGCAUCUGCAGAAGUCAGGACACAGCCGGUGUCCUCCAUGCCCUCAGCCCUGGCCUGCCCAGAGGCUGCUGAGGCUGAGGCAGCAUCACAGCCAAAGCCAGACCCUUCCCGGUGGGAUGGCCACCCUCUGCCAGCUCCUGUGACAGUCAUGGGGUCCUGGCCCCGUCCCCCAGCUCAGACAGGACCACUCCCUUUACCACAGGCCACGUCUCGUUCAGAGACCUCACACCGAGGCCACGCCAGCUGAGACGCAGGCCGGCAGCUCCUUACCUUCCAGGGCCCGGACUGCUCUCAUCUCCAGAAAAAGAGUGCGGACGUGAACAUAGAGAAGCCUAGGGACGUCCGCUCCAGCCUGUUAAAUUAUUUAUUUUUCCAUAUUUAUAUUUUAAAAUAAAUGCAUCUAUUGAAUCUUAAAUGCUUUCUGGCCUGAGUGCUAGAAGUCUGUAUGCUUCCCUGUUCUCAGCA